AUGUCGACCUGCCCCACGGCAGCGUCUCGGGAGCUCCCGGGUGGUUGGUGUGAACUUGGGUCACAAGGAGCGCCAACGGCGGUGAGGAUCUUACACACGGACACUCAACCGCCCGCGCGGGGAAGGUAUGCACAGAGGCAGGGCUUGGUUGGCUACUGGAGCAUUUCAGCGCAUGAAAGUUAG